UCACGUGACCGCUGGGCCCAGAAGUGGACACCGGUACGGGUACUGGCCCUCCGUCGGUCCUGUCGGACCCGGAGCCGUCUGCGAGCCCCUAGUUUUUGCUCCUGGUUCUUUCAGGUCUACGUGUCUGUUGUUCCCAGCUCUCUACUGGGCUAUAGAAAGAGGAGGAACCUGUCCAGAAUCCCCGCAGGAAAAGGAGGGGACACUCAACAUGGAAAAACUCUGCAGUGAAAAUGAAGCAAAGCCUGAGAACCAAGGCAAGAUGGAAAACAAAGAACAGCCACUGGAUGCAGGAAAACCAGGAGCAGCUACUACUAAGGAAGACAAAGAAAUGUUAGAAAACAAGGGAAGGACAGAUCACAAGGGAAAGACAGAUGAGGAAGUAUUAAAGGUUAAGGAAAGGCCAGAGAAUGAGACAAAGCCAAAAGAAGGAAACCCAGAGAGCCAGGGAAUGCCAGUGAGUGAGGAAAAGCAAAAGAAAGAAAAGCAGAGAGUGAGGGGAAGCCAGAGAGUGAAGGAAAGCCAGUGAGUGAGGAAAAAGCAAAAGAAAGAAAAGCAGAGAGUGAGGGGAAGCCAGAGAGUGAAGGAAAGCCAGUGAGUGAGGGAAAACCAAAAGAAGACAAGCCAGCCAGCGAACCAAGGGAACUAAGGGCUGGCGGAAAGCGCCCAGCUGGGGAGGAUGUACCCAGGAAGGCCAAAAGAAAAACCAACAAGGGGCUGGCUCAGUGUCUCAAGGAAUACAAGGAGGCCAUACAUGAUAUGCAUUUGAGCAAUGAAGAGAUGAUAAGAGAAUUUGAUGAGAUGGCCAGGGUAGAGGAUGAGGUGAAGAAAACCAGACAGAAAUUGGGGGGGUUUAUGUGGAUGCAAAAAAGUUUACAGGACCCCUUCCACCCACGGGGCCCAAGGGAACUCAGGGGUGGCUGUAGGGCUCCGCAAAGGGGCUUUGAGGACAUUCCUUUUGUGUAGUGCCUCUGGCAGGCAUUUCCCAGGCCUUGUGCUUUAUUUAACCUUAUGCUAAUCCUAUACUUUAGGUGUCGCUCUCAUUAUUCAACUGCAGCCCUCUGUGUUUCGGUAGCAGAUUUUCAUUCAUUGCAUGGAAAAAUGUUUAUGGUGCAUUGUAAAAUUAAAAACAAAAAUAGUUUUCAGAACCAUAUAUAUGGCAUCAGUCCAUUUUUGUAAAACUACAAAGAUACUUUACUAGUGAUCCAUGUACAGGAAAAACUGAAAACUGUCUACUAAAAAUCAACAGUGGUUA